GUUUCGGUAAUGGGCCCGGUUUCCCGACAUCCGGCAGGGAUAAUUGCUGGCUUGCUGCGGGCGGAAUUUAAUUAGCGCCAGACGCGAGUCUCUCAAUUCAAAUGGAAGGCCAUCAUUAUUCAUGUUCCUCUUGUCUGCUAGUGGAUCUGUGGAUGGAAAUAAAAAUAAGUGGAAGGCAUCAUUAUUCUUGUUCAUUCAUUCAUUCCAGUAGAUGGAAUUCAUUGUGCUUCUUUGCACUUUGCUCAGCUACGGGCUACGUUCGACAAAGACAAAUAGUCAAAAAAACAAACAAUAACACAAAGAACUCGGCAACUGUACAUGAAUUAUGAUUAAUUGAUUAUGAAAGAAUUAAAGUAUGAAACGAUUAUGAAAGAAUCAUGCUCGGCAGCUAUACCUGUGAGACUUAGGACGAAGACGAACUGUUGUAUGAUGUGCUGUAGAGUCGAAGGAUUAAGCUCCGACGGGACGACGACGGGGUUCGACUAGGAACAGGGCUUGACGGGGCUGGAUGGAGCUUGUGCUGACGACGGGGAGACGACGAAGAUACCAUCAGUUUCGAUCGGCGGCGUGAGCGUGACUCGUCGAGCUCCUGCAGCAGGGCAGGGGCAGCAGGCAGGGGAGAGAGAUAUGCAAAAAACGAUGUACUUUAGUUUUCUAAUUACUAAUUACCACUAGGACUAGGACACUAGGUUAAUUACAGGGCGGUCGGCGUUUGGUUGAUGGCUUUUUCCUUUCGGUAUCGGAAUACCGAAAUGCCGACGGUGUUUUACCAUACCUUUCUCGGUAUACCGCCAGCCAAAUUCCUGUUGCCGAAUACCGUUUGGAACGGUUAACGAUUUAACCGAUAAUCACGGUUACCGGUACGGUUAUUGAUUAAACCGUUUACCGCAAUACCGUUUACCACUCCUAUGUUUGAUCACUCGAAAUAUUUAGUUCCAUUCGCGAUCCCUAACAUUAGUUAAACGUUUCAACUUUAGUCACUCUCCGUUACCUUCCGCCAGUCUCCGUUAGCGGCGUCAAUUUUUUGCUGACGUGGCUAACAAAAAUGCUGAGUCAUCUAACUUUUAUAAAAUAAAAUAAAGGCAAAAUACACUUGUAUAGCCAAAAACAUGCACUUUGUGACAAUAAUAGCCAAAUUUUGAAAAAUACACAAAUAUAGCCAUGUUUUUAAAACUUUAUUGUCAAAUUUAGCCAUUUUCGUUACAAAUUUUGACGGCGUUAAAGAUGCCGUCAGUAGUGUGGACGUGGCGCUGACAUGGACUCUCCCUAAUUGACAUGUCAUCAACAACAUGUUGAGAUGGAUGCCACCUCACCAUCCACAUCAACUCUCAAUUGCCAUGUCAGAUUAAAUUUUUAUUGAUUUUAGAGAUUAUUUAUAAAACAUAAUUAAUAGUUUUUUAUUAAUUAUGAAACAAAAAUCCAAUUAUACUUGUCUUCAGUUGCUUGCCGCCGCUGCUUGACGAUGUGCUGCUGCUCAUCGGUGGUGUCGAUGCCGCCCUCUUCGUUACUAGCAGGCCAUCGCGACCCACCGGAACAACGCGGUGAAUCAUCGGCCCAUAGAGCCCUUCUCAUGACUUUGAAUCUCGAUUCUCCCCUCUUUUUCAUGAAAUCGGAUAAACAAACACCACCAACACCAGAUGCUGGUCCCUGCGCGAAUGGGUCUCCGCGGCCAACUCCUCACGCCGGAUCGCGCAUCUUCCCCGACACAACAGACAACGAUAAACUGAGGAAGAAAUAGGCUUCGUAAUUAAAGAAAUCGAGACAGAAGGGACUGGGUUUGAGAUGGCUUCGUCGGGAGAUGCUUUGUCUCCUCGGGCUAUUACAACUUUCCAGAUCUCGUAACACUAGAGCUCAGAACUCUACCUGCUUCAAUGGUGGUUCCCAAAAUUGAUUUCGAUUCAGAGCUUAGAGUUCUUCCUCUUUCUCGCCUCGCCAUACCAAAGCCAUAAAACCCACAAGAAUCCAUUCCAUAGAAAUUUGAUUCCGACCUAGAAACCUCACUAUUUCUCCCUUCUCCCUCUCGUACUCUUCUUCCUCUCUCCACCUCCCACUACCUAGUCGUAACGGCGGCUAAAGACGAAGGAAAUUCAAUUGACGAACUCAGGUCGUUCUCCCCAUGGCCGGGAUUUGAAAUCGGUAGCGACGGAGCCCAGGAAGUUUCGAUCCCGCUGGUCGCUGCUACCUAUGCGAAAGAAACCCAAUCGUUGGCAGUGAUUCUUCUUCAACCUCUAUUGGGGAGCAAGGAAGCAAGGUUGUUCUUCUUCAAUUGCUCUGCUCCAUCCACUCAUUCUUGCUCUCUUCGACGCCUCUACUUAGGAGAAGGAAAUUGAAGACGGAAAGGAAAGGAAGUCGGAGAUGACGAGCAAUGGAAGAGGAAAAGACAACUUUCCAUGUUGUUUUUUUGUUUUUUCCAUUAAUUAUAAUAAUAUUAAAAGUUCUAA